GCCGUGUCAAACAAAAGAAGCAACUGGAAAAACAUCAGCAAAUGGGUUAAGAGAAGACGAGAAGAAGGACUUGCGGGUAAUGUCAGCUGUGGGAGCUUCAAGCGUCUCGUAAAACUAAUAAACGUAACUGAUUUUCUAAUCAGAGUUUGUUGUUCAACUGAAUAAAAGUAAAACGAGAGAGAGAAAAGGAGCAUAGCAUCGACUACAACAUGAGUGAGAAGAAACUGCCUAGCGUCGACGAGGAUGAUAAUGAACCUGAGGAUGAGGCUGCCUUGCAAGAGGCAUUGCGGGAGAUGGUCAAGAUACCGGACAUUGAAUCGCGACACAAGCAGCCAACAAAACGUCACCAAACAACUGAGGUGCCUGCGUCUCGCAACUCGACGCCAAGCAAGCAACAAAAGUGGUCAAAGCAGGCUGUAGCUGGUGUCCAAUACAGCAACAGCAAUAAAGACGCUACAGAGGCUUCUUGCAGUCGAGCACAUAAACAAGAUGAGAACCCGAAUCCGAUACAGAAGCGCUCCGAAACCUGGUCGGAUCGCCUUAAGAAAUCGACGAAGCGCUUGCAGUCUGAAAUCCAUUUGAAGUCCAGUAAGCCGCGUAUUCCAGAAGCGUCCAAGGAUUCAGAUUAUUUGCAAAUGCCCUCGCCUUCCCAAUUGCUCGAGACGAGCAUCGAGCAUCCAUUGUUGGAUCAACACUUGAAGAUGACGCGCAUUGAGGCGGCAGCCAAACCCAAAUCGAAUAAUCCAACUCGUGGUGCAUUCAAGCACAUGGUCAGCACUCAGACGCCACAUACUUCUGCGGCUAAUGCUGCCACCUGGACGGAUGAUGAACUACUGUCAGCUCCAGACGCGCUCAAACAACAGAUGGACACGCGGCAGUCGGGCAUCAUCAACAUAUUGACGGGACCAUUUCGCAAGUCGUUAAAUGUCGCGCCUAGUGUCAACGAUGCGGAGCUGAUCACACUGGAACCACAGGAACGCUUGACGCCUGGCAAAAUCUUUAAGAAUUUGCCCACAUUUGGACGUGCUCGCAAUCCAAUUCAGCCAACAACUGAGGAUGUAAAACGAAUUUUGAAAGAAGCACUUGUGGAAAAUGAAUCGGAUAAAGCAGCUGUAAAUGAAGGUGCCUCUUUAGCUGAAGCAGCUUCACAGGAGGAAGUUUCGGCUUCUGUUUCAACUGAAGCCGCAAAAGAUCGAGUAAAACCAGUUCCCGCGGAGAAAAUCGAAGAAAUUCUUAUAGAAGCUGCAGUCGAAGAUGCAGAAAUUCAAAAGAUUUCUAUACAAGAUUCAACGCUUGGUUCUGCAACUGAAGCUAACAAGGAGCUGAUAACUUUGGUUGAAGUUUUUGCUGGGCGAACAGCUAAGGAAGCUGCUCGCGCUCCAGAUGCAGAUAGUUUGGCAAUCAGCACACCCAGCACCGUCUCUUCAAUAACGCCCAAAACCAGUGAAGCCACUGUGAUUGAGGAUGCUGUAAUAGAUGCAGAUCUUUCGGCGGAGCAGGUUCAAGACGACGUAACAAAUUCGUUGUCUACUGCCUUCAAGCGUUUUCUAGUGCUGCCCUUUGGUGGAGAACGUGUAGCUGCCGCCGAAGCUGCCACAAAUGAACUGACGCCACAUACCAUCAUUCUGAUGCCGCACGAUCUGCAGCACGCCUUGGCCGUGGAGCAGCAACAACAGGUGAAACUGGAGCAAAAUGUGCAAGUGGAGCGAGAGGCAUUCGAGCAUGAGCCACUGCAGCACUCGGAUUCAAUACAAACGAUGACAAUACACGGAAGGGAGUCGCAUAUAACCACCAGCCAUGAUUACUGUCAGCGUGGACAGCGCACGCCGGGCGUGGACAAGACGGCAGUCCGCAAGCUGAUUGUGGCCUGCAUUCUGUGCGUCUUCUUUAUGAUCUGCGAGAUUAUUGGCGGCUUGCUCUCAAACAGCUUGGCCAUUGCCACAGAUGCAGCGCAUUUGCUCACCGAUUUGGCUGGCUUCCUGAUCUCACUGUUUGCUCUUUAUCUUGCUGGACGCGCCUCGACGAAUCGCUUCAAUUUCGGCUGGCAUCGAGCUGAAGUCAUAAGCGCCUUGAUGUCUGUCUACUUUAUUUGGGUAAUCACUGGCGUGCUUGUCUGGAUUGCUAUACAGCGCAUGAUGUCGGGUGCCCAUGAGGUGGAUGCGGUCAUUAUGCUCAUCACCUCGCUGCUGGCAAUUGUGGUGAACGUGAUCAUGGCAGUGCAGCUGAGUCAUGGCCACUCGCAUGGCCAACGCGAAGUGAGCGAACUGAAUCGUCAAAGUCACCUAAAGCUGCAAGCAUCACAUCCAUUUAUCGCAGAUACUUCUGUCAGAAGCGAAGAGCUCCUAAGUCCCUCUGUGAAAGAACAACAUCUGUUGCCCGCUUCGAUCUCUGCGGUCCAACAGCAGAAAAAGCAAAACAUUAAUGUCCGAGCUGCCAUCGUUCAUGUGAUUGGCGACAUUGUACAAAGUGUGGGCGUCUUUCUUGCCGCCUGCAUCAUCUUCUUUAAACCCGAAUGGGCUGUCAUCGAUUCGAUUUGCACGUUCAUCUUCUCAAUUAUUGUGCUCUUCGUUACCUACGGCAUAUUGCGGGAUGUCAUGAUGGUGCUCAUGGAGGCGACGCCUGAUUACAUGGACUAUGGCGAGGUGCAGAAACUAUUCCUCAGCAUAGAAGGCGUCGAGCGUGUGCACAACUUGCGCAUCUGGGCGCUUAGUAUUGAUAAAUUAGCGCUUUCUGCUCAUCUGGCAAUACUUGCGGAUGCGGAUCCACAUCGCAUCCUGGAAGAGUCGAAAACAUUAAUACACAAACGCUACAACUUCUAUGAGACAACCAUUCAAGUGGAGAUUUAUCAGCCGGAAUUGCACGAGAAUGAUCAUUCCCCAAACUUGCCCAAAGGUGAUGCUCUAAAGCAUCCCAAAGAUGUUGGCACGGACAAUCCAAAUCUCAUUGAGGAUGCCACCAAGGAGAAAGAUCAGACACUGAAGGAAUUCCACUCGACAGAGGAGAUAAAAAUCGUUGAGAAUUCUGACAAACCUCAUUCAUAAGCGCAGUCCAUUUGCAUCGUUAGCUCUUUAAAUUUUUCCAAUAUUAUAAAUAGAUUUGUGCCAAACAAAUAACAAAUAUGCUGGCAGCUCUAUUAUGAAUAAUUUAUACGAAAUACCGCAAAUUUAUGCUAUAAAUUGAUUAGCUUUAACAUUUUAAGAUGACCUAUACUGUAUAUUAUUAUAUGUUCCCUUUUUGUACUCUGCUUGUAUCCCAAUUCCCCCUUUCAAAUG